GGCGGCGUGACGUCAUAAGGCUGCGCCGCGCUACUGCAUCAGAGAUUCAGCUGAGGAAAGAAAAACUCCUGCUGAAGCGACGGAGAUCCUCGAGACAAUGUUAUAAAGAUGGCGUUUAUUAAAGAGGAGAGUGAAGAUGUGAGGAUUGAAGAAGCUUUCAAACAUAAGGAUAUUGAGGAACAACAAACAAAGAUGGCGUUUAUUACGGAGGAGACUGAAGACGUGAGGAUUGGAGAAGCUUUCACAGUUAAGCAAGAAGAUCCUGAGGAACAACAAACAAAGAUGGCGUUUAUUACGGAGGAGACUGAAGACGUGAGGAUUGGAGAAGCUUUCACAGUUAAGCAAGAAGAUCCUGAGGAACAACAAACAAAGAUGGCGUUUAUUACGGAGGAGACUGAAGACGUGAGGAUUGGAGAAGCUUUCACAGUUAAGCAAGAAGAUCCUGAGGAACAACAAACAAAGAUGGCGUUUAUUACGGAGGAGACUGAAGACGUGAGGAUUGGAGAAGCUUUCACAGUUAAGCAAGAAGAUCCUGAGGAACAACAAACAAAGAUGGCGUUUAUUACGGAGGAGACUGAAGACGUGAGGAUUGGAGAAGCUUUCACAGUCAAGCAAGAAGAUAUUGAGGAACAACAAACAAAGAUGGCGUCUAUUACAGAGGAGAGUGAAGACAGGAUCUUCUUGCUUGACUGUGAAAGCUUCUCCAAUCCUCAUGAGGCACAACAAACAAAGAUGGCAUCUAUUACAGAGGAGAGUGAAGACAUGAGGAUUGGAGAAGCUUUCACAGUCAAGCAAGAAGAUACUGAGGAACAACAAACAAAGAUGGCGUUUAUUACGGAGGAAACCGAAGACAUGAGGAUUGGAGAAGCUUUCACAGUCAAGCAAGAAGAUACUGAGGAACAACAAACAAAGAUGGCAUUUAUUACGGAGGAGACUGAAGACGUGAGGAUUGGAGAAGCUUUCACAGUCAAGCAAGAAGAUAUUGAGGAACAACAAACAAAGAUGGCGUCUAUUACAGAGGAGAGUGAAGACGUGAGGAUUGAAGAUUUCAGAGUUGAACAUGAAGAUAUUGAGACACAAUCAGACCUGACGGCGCUGAAAGAGAAGAGUCGAGAACUGAAUGAAACCGAAGAAAAAAAUCAGACUGAGAAAUGUCAUGAUGAUAUGGCUGGGGAAAAAUCUUUUAGUUACUCUCAGACUCUUAAUAGAGAAACUACACAGCCUAAAGUCCAGAUGAGAGUUCACACUGAAGAUAUACCUUCCACCUGUCAACACUGUGGAAAGAGUUUCAGUAAAAAAAGAAGCCUUACAAUCCACUUACGAAUCCACAAACACAAACCUUAUACCUGCAAACCGUGUAGGAAGAGUUUCAGACUAAAAGAAAGUCUUAAGACUCACUUGAGAAUUCACUAUGGUGAAAAGCUGUUCAUAUGCUUUCAGUGUGGAAAGAGUUUCAGUAAAAAAAAUAGUCUGAAUAGCCACAUGAGAAUCCACACUGGAGGAGGCCCUUUCACCUGCAAACAGUGUGCGAAGAGUUUCAGUAAAAAAAAUAGUCUGAAUAGCCACAUGAGAAUCCACACUGGAGGAGAUCCUUUCCCCUGCAAACAGUGUGCGAAGAGUUUCAGUAAUAAAAAGAGUCUGAAUAGCCACAUGAGAAUCCACACUGGAGGAGGUCCUUCCACCUGCAAACCGUGUCGGAAGAGUUUCAGACUAAAUGGAAGUCUUAAUACUCACAUGAGAGUUCACGUUGGUGUAAAACUGUUCAUAUGCAUUCAGUGUGGAAAGAGGUUUAGGAAAAAAGAGAGUCUAAAUGGCCACAUGAGAGUUCACACCGGAGAGAAGCCUCACACCUGCGAACUGUGUGGAAAGAGUUUCAAACAUAAAAUAAGCCUUAAGCAUCACAUGAAUAUUCACUCAAGAGAGAAAUAUUUUAGAUGUCAUGUGUGUGAAACAAGUUUUGCUGACAGGAGUCACCUUAAGAAUCAUGUACAAAAUCACAUUGGGGAGAGGCCUGGCAUGUGCCAUCACUGUGGAAAAAGUUUCACAAACAAAGCAUAUCUUCAGUCUCACAUAAGAUGUCACACAGGAGAGAAGCCUUUCACCUGCCCUCAGUGUGGAAAGAGCUUCACGGUUAAAGGAAACCUUAAGGUGCACAUAAAAAUUCACACUGGAGAGAGGCCUUACAAGUGUCCUCAGUGUGAAAAGGGUUUUAAAAUGAAAGGGCACCUUAAUGUUCACAUGCGACUUCACACUGGAGAAGGCCCUUUCACCUGCAAACUGUGUGGAAAACGUUUCAGUCAAAAGGAAAACUUUGAUGGCCACAUGAGAAUGCACUCUGGAGAGAAGCCGUUCAUAUGCCCUCACUGUGGAAAGAGUUUUACACUGAAAAAGAGACUUACAACCCACUUGAGAAUUCACACUGGAGACAAUCCUCACACCUGCAAAGUGUGUGGGAAGAGUUGCAAAUCAAAUGCUCGUCUGAUGUCUCACAUGAUCGUUCACACUGGAGAGAAGCCUCACACCUGCAAACUGUGUGGGAAGGGAUUCAAACAUAAAAUAAGCCUUAAGCAUCACAUGAGUACUCACUCAAGAGAGAAAUGUUUUAGAUGUCAUGAGUGUGAAACAAGUUUUGCUGACAGGAAUCACCUUAAGAAUCAUGUACAAAAUCACAUUGGGGAGAGGCCUGGCAUGUGCCAUCACUGUGGAAAAAGUUUCACAAACAAAGCAUAUCUUCAGUCUCACAUAAGAUGUCACACAGGAGAGAAGCCUUUCACCUGCCCUCAGUGUGGAAAGAGCUUCACGGUUAAAGGAAACCUUAAGCUGCACAUGAGAGUUCACACUGGAGAGAGGCCUUACAAGUGUCCUCAGUGUGAAAAGGAUUUUAAAAUGAAAGGGCACCUUAAUGUUCACAUGCGACUUCACACUGGAGAGAAGCCUUACAAGUGUCUUCAGUGUGACAUCAGUUUCACAUAUCACAUAAGCCUGAAACAGCAUUUGCAAACUCAUUCUGGAAAGAAUUCCUCGUUUCCCAUGUGACAAAAGGUUUAGAAAUAAUGCAUUCACUCUGGAGAAAGACAGUUCAAUUGUGAUUGGUGUAAUAAAAACAGCAGACUUACAGAUAUAUGAAAAGUCAUUUAAAUGUGACCCUGUUUGUGUUCUUUGUCAAAUAAAAUAAAAAGUACCCUUACAAAAAGUUUGUUCAUGACUGUUAUUAAUAUGCUGUUUUUAGGCUAAAAAUAAGAAUAGAUAGUAAGAAUAAUCGCCUCCCUUUAAAAUAAUUACAUUGUUUUGCUAAAAUGAAGACGGACACAGUUUUUGUU